CAAAUACCUCGAUUCGGUCAGCUUUUAUCAGUCUGCAGUCUGGGUUUGCUAACAACAACAGUACUGUUCACAGGGUCAGCCAAAUUUAGAUUCACCUGUCGCAUGCAGACACUGAUAUUCCUGCCUUGAUGAAUGGAAACGGAACACCAAUCACAACUAGUACGACCAAUACAGAGGUCAGAGACAUUCCGUUACCUAGUCAUGUUAGUAAUGUAGUUAUUGACACCCCAUUGUUAUCCAAGACAGCUCCCGCUACUAACACUACAGACAUCACGAAAAUAACAUCACAGCCAGCCUUAAACCCUACAGACGGUACCGAUAGUGAUGGAACUAUAUGUGUGUCUGACCCUGAUACUGCCAGUGUUGUCAACAGGAUUACAACCCCUCCAGGUUCUGAUGUAGCCGAAGGGAGUGCGGACAUUCCAGUCUCUAAUACCGCAGAUGUUGUCAGCACAACCUUGGUAACUUCGGCUUCUGAUAAAACAUUGUCAUCCGUAGCAUCCACGUCAGAGCCAUCCUCAGAUUUGAUAACAAUCGACUCGACCCCGUUGAGGAUAAAAACUGAGAUCAUGGAUGUAGAGUUUAACACGAAUGAGGUUGGUAAGAACCUGACAGAACACAUUGACUGGUUCCUGGACCAGGUGAAAGAUGGCUACAAGGAGUGUGAAGUACACAAGAUGGACAUGCUGGAACAAAAUCUUGUCUGUCUAUCAUGUCAGAAGUUAAUGUGUGCUCUGUGUCUACGAGAUUUUCACUUCGGGCACGAUAUCAUCUCCAUAUCCAAGCUCCGGGAAUGUCGCAAUGCAAGGAACAUAUUGGAGGAGGAUGUAUCAAAACUUCAACUCAUACAACAAACAUUCAGAACAGAGUUUGAUGACAGACAGGAUUUAAAGAAACAAGUCGAGCAUUCCGCCGUAGCCUUGCUAAAGAACGUGGACACUGCGUUUGAUCAGUUACUCACCAUAGUGGAAGAGAAAAAGCAAGAAAUAAGAAAACACAUUUGUGAUUUUGAGAAGCAGAAUGUGAGUGAACUUUGUAAAGAACUGGAGAGAAUCAAGGCGAUCGAACAGGAGGCCACAUUAAUGAUACGCAGAGUCAUGGUCUUCUUCACUAAAUUUGAUAUUGUUGAGGCGAGAGUCUUGCCUAGCUUGUUAUCCGACAUGAUAUCCAAAUGUAAAGAGUUCCGAGUUGAUCGUAGACCGGGCGAACACAAGGAGAAGUUUCUACCAGAGAAAAAGUUUUCAAAUAUUCUACCCUCACUGCUGGCUGUAACAAAUAUCUGCAAAACUAUCCAUCCCGAAGCAACAAAAGUGGUUUGGUCAAAGAUCACCCCAGAGAGACGUAACGGAGAAUCAGAAACACCAACAAAACCUGUGUCUGAGGAUACAAAAGACUCCAGUAUAUUUCUUGCCCAACUGGCUAGUUGCUCGGAGGAUACACGGACCCAGUCUUAUGAGGACACCGAUACAUCAUCGGAGUUUGAGAUGCCCAUUUCCAAAUCUAGAAAAACUACACCUGUCCAAAAAAGAAACACUGAUGUUCAGUCUAUCGUACGCACCAGUGUCAAAGACAUGCAUUCCAAAUAUCAUCCGCUGCAGAAAAAACAAAGAGAUUUUGAUGAUUGCUGGUAUAAAACCCACAAACAAAAUCACAAAAGUCACCAAGGAAGGGGUAAAGGAAUUACAAAAAAGAGGAAAGAAAAGGACCGAUCAGUUUCACCAGGGUGUUCUCCAACAAAGUCUUCGAAAAAACCUAAAGUCAUGACACAGCCUUCGGCUACAUCAUCUAUUUCCACUUUAUCAAACUCAUCGACAAGCACUUCCUCUGCCACUAUCUCCUCUUCUCCUGCAAUCAUCUCUACAUCUCCCACCAUCACAACAGCAGCUGUUGUGUCUUCGGUGUCGUCAUUGCCGGUAAUCACAUCAGUGAUGUCACUGGCAGAGAAGACCAAAAGUACAACAAGAAAGUCAAUCAAUUCAGGUGUGUCAUUAUCUGGACUAUUUGAUAUUGAUUUCAAAAAUACAUCGCGGGAAAAUGACCAAAAUUUAAAGCACCAAGGACCAACUACAAACAACAAAAAAGUUAUGGCUGUGGUUCCUUCGGUGAACAAAUCUUUCGAUACUGGAAAUAGUGUUGCUAAACCUUAUGGCCGACGAUCAGUGGAAAGGUCCAGGCUUUCAGACAGCAGUUUGAUCUCACUGGGAUCUACAACAUCAGUUUCAUCAACAGUGACCACAUCAACACCCAGUACAAGGGCAGACUCCCAAACUGUUGCUUCUGUUACUUCUAGUUCAAGGGCCACAACUGUGACAAGUCCCAGUACAACUGACACAGAAACAGGGGCAGAAACACCUGUAGCAGGAACUGCAUCAAACAGGGAGCCGUCUGGAUCAAAUGAGGAGGAGUUCCCAACAGGAGAAGAUGGUUUUCCCAUCCUCAGUUUUGUCAACUUCUACCCUCAAUCUAUGAUACAAGGUCGAACGGUGAUGGUGCGGGCUCACCAUGGCAAAAUCUGGCUUGGAUUUGUAUCUAACACCAGUUCACUCAAAGUGAACAAUUACUUUUCAGGUACAGUGGUUUUCUGGUCAAUUUGGAGUUGAUACACGAUUUGAAAUUCAAGACAAAUGGCUGAAAAAAUCAGAUAAGGUACAUUCAGACUGCGUUAUUUGCCAUUUUGAUUACACUCCAAAGAAACAGAUUACAGCAGAACUCUAUAGACAGCUAAAAAUUGCAGCGAAACAGCCCCCCGGCUCAAUCAAACCCAGAGGUGAACAACCUUCAACAAAAAGUCCUGGCAAGGUGCCAACUCGAUCAGAUGGUGCAUCUGCUUCACCACGACAAAGCAGAGAGAGUUCAACAGGAACGGCUGCCAUGGCAACCAGGCGAGGCAUGUCCAGCAACAAGACUAGCAACAAGUCAAACAACAAGUCAUAGUACUUAAUUUUGGUAUCUACAGUAUAAUUUAAGGGAUGUCUACUGUCUACUUCAUUAAUAAGCAUAUGCCUGGUAUGCCUACUAGAUAUACCAAUUCUUUACGGUGACAAUUCUCUACACUACUCGGAGAAAUGUCCAAGGUAACUUUUGCAUCCUACUAGAUACACCAAUUUUUUACACCACUUGGACCAGUGUCCAAGGUAACUGUUCCAUCCUACUAGAUACACUAAUUCUUUACACCACUUGGACCAGUGUCCAAGGUAACUGUUCCAUCCUACUAGAUACACUAAUUCUUUACACCACUUGGACCAGUGUCCAUGGUAACGGCUUCAUCCUACUAGAUACACCAAUUCUUUACACCACUUGGACCAGUAUCCACGGUAACUGUUUCAUUCUACUAGAUACACCAAUUCUUUACACCACUUGGACCAGUGUCCAUGGUAACUGUUUCAUUCUACUAGAUACACCAAUUCUUUACACUACUUAGGGAAGUGUCCAUGGUAACUGUUUCAUCCUACUAGAUACACCAAUUCUUUACACUACUCGGAGCAAUGUCCGAGGUAACUGUUGCAUCUUCAAUCAUUCCUAAUAUCACUGGAGGUUGUUUUACUUUGGUUUAAAUACUCAAAUAUCUUCCUCUUUUUCUCUUGAAGAUUCAAACUAUGGGACAGUUUUUGAGUGAUUCCAUUGUUAGCACCUGGUCAGCCAGACCUACAUAAUUAUAUAGCAGAGUUGACAGUUUAUAUACAUUAAUAUACAGGUACAUAUACAGGAUCUUAAAUGAGUGGUCAUUUCAUACAAGAUUUUAUGAAACAAGUUGUAAAUGUUUUGCAAGCAAAUUAUAACUUUGAAUGAGGUUCAUAAAAUGUCAUAUCAAAUGAACACAAAUUAAUAAUUUUUUAUCACAUAAAUCAGAAAAGUUACAUUUUGGCAAGUCUUAAAGUAAAAUAUGGAGUGCUUGAUCAAAUGGAGACAACCAUUUUGUUGCACCAUUUACAAUUCAUGACAUCACAUCUUUGUCCAUAUCAUGGCGUUACAAUGGAUUUCUCACUGGCUCAGCCAAUGAGAAACACCCUUGGGUAUGUUACACUAGUGAUGUAAUGUAUAAGAAAAUAUGUUGCACGAACACAUUUGCUGCAGACAGAUUAUGUGAUAUAUUGUGAUACUGCUUGUUACCUGAAGAAUAUGAGUAAAAAUUCCUCUCGUCUUUAUCCAUAUAAAUGUUGUGUAUGCUUACUGUAUUUUGUGUUAUGUUAUAAUAAUAUUACAAAAUAGAACAUGUAUACUGUCAAAUAUGACACGUAAUCUAAGAAGUGUAUUCCCAUUAUAUGUAAAAAGUUACAUUUUGAUAUGAGAUAACAAAACAUGUGAUUAUAGCCUUCGAAAUGAAAAAAAAUGAUUCCAUGUUGAAAAAAAAUAUAUUUCUUUGAAUUAAUUAAUAUAUUUUCAGAUCAAUUGUUACAUUUAUACAUUAACAUGAAUUAUAAGAUGAUCCUAUUAUAUUUUUUAAGAUAAUUGUUUUAUUUUAUUCAUCAUGUUCACAUAAAAGAACACGGACUAAAUACAUCAUUUAAAAAAAAAUAUUUUAAGAUAUGAAAUCAAGUUGAAGUAUAUAAUAUCGUUAAGUAUGCUUUUGAUCAUUUUACCAGAUUUAUAUUGAUAGCAAAAUUUGUCAUAUUUCGAAUUUAACACCAGAGAUUUCUUUUACGUUGGAUGCUGCAUGAAAAUUGGGUACCACCUAGGUGAGGACCUUCAAUUUGACCUUUGAACUAUGCCAGAGACAAAGUUUUUCCAGGCUCGAAUUUCCUGCAGUACUUGUCAGCUGAAUAACUUAAGGCAUGGGUUAAACUUAGUAUGGUGGUGUAUCAUGUGCCCAAAAUAGGUCACAUGACCUACAUUUUGACCUUUGACCAACAUCAAGGUAGAGAAUUGUUCUUCUCUGAUUUCCUGCACUACUUGUCACUCGACUUUCCUAUUUGAGGCAUUAGACUUUUGAUCCUGAUGUUAGUGAUACUUCUGAGUUCAUUCCCAUUGAUACAAAAUGUACCAACAAAUGCAAUAUUGUCUUUCUGUAUAGCGGGUCUGUCAAACAUUGAGUCUGUAGAAUUAGUUUUUACAUGAAUUAAUCAACUAUGCAUUUUUUGUCAUAUAAUUCGCCGAAAUGCCUUGUUUCUUUCUCAGAAAGUAGACCUUUCCAAAUUUUAUAUUUAUUUUACUUCAGGUAUGUGUGUACAAUUUUCAAAUUUUAGAGGAAGGAAGGUUCUUUGUCAAUACAAUGUAUCAAUUCAACAGAUAAUUUAAAGAAAUACCAAUGAAGUACAGAUCAGCUUUUACAUUGAACAAGAGAGAUGUUUCAGUAGUAGGGACCAAGAUCUCUCUGGGAUCACCUGUUAAAUGAGAACAAUAGAGAUCUUACAAUGGUAGGGACGAAGAUCACUCUGCGAUCACCUGUUAAAUGAUCUAUCAUAACUCUUCUUCAUUAUUCUAUUGUACUAGUCAAAAGUGUUAUUUGAAUUCCAAAUUUCAUUGUUAAAAUAGUACUCUGUAUUAUACUGCUUACCUCCCUUUGUUCACUUUUUGUAAUUUUUUAGCAGAUUUGUUGAAAGUAAAUUUAGAGUGUUUUCUUAAUAACUUUGCAGAGAUGUGUAUAUUUUUUCAGUAUAUAUUAGUUAAUGCCAUACCAUGAUAUAUGUCGUAUGUCCGUACAUCAAUAAUUUUUUCCAAUGACAUCCUAUUUACUGAUUGGAAUGCAAGUUAAUUUGAUACGACGCAUUCCAAGGUGGUGGAGAUUCGAAAUUGUCUGACACCCAGGAGCGGAGACAAAUUAGGGUAAGACCAAAAUGGGGCAGUUUGGGUGUAUUUCUAUAAACAACAUCUUCUACAAUGGAUAUCACUCUUAUUUUACUGGACGAAUCCUUACAGUAUAACAUGAAACAUUCAUUGUAUGUAAACUUUUGUUGUUUUCGUUGUUGUUAUGUAACUAUGAAUGUGAUUGAAAAAUGUUGUUGUAUUGUUGUAUGGCCUAACAAGGAAUGUUUGUACCGGGAAAUAAGUUGAAAGCUCCAACCCACAAAAGAAAGUACACACAAACAUUUCAUGUUAUAGUGUGGGUGUUGGAAAUUUUAAAUCAUACAAACGGGGAGGAGUCUGACCCCCAGGAGAUGAGGGGCAAGGCUAAAAGUGGGCAAUUUGGCUAUAUUGCUAUAAAUGAAUUAUCUAGAACUAUAUAUCACUCAUAUUUGAAUGGAAACAUCCUUAUAAGCCAGAUGAGUGAUACAGGCCCAAUCGGCCACUUGUUAUGAAUGUAUAUGUGAUACCUUUACUCUUAAGUAUAUUGCAAUUAAGUAAUGUUGAUUUGUUCCUUUGUUUUCAUAUUGUAAUACUGUUUGUAUAUAUUGACAUGUGUAUAAGGAUGAACUUUUAAACAUUAGUAAUUAACACACCAUUUUGUAAAUAAGACAUCAGUAGAAAUUGAUAUAUUUGCAGAGGUGACUGUUCAGCUAUGUUUGAAAUAAAAUUCUUGAUGCUGAAAAAA